GCAGACGUGGCGACACUCAGGCCGAUCGUAAAGAGACAGUGAGGCUGAGACUUGAGAAUGGGGGCAGUCCUUGCGCUGGCCGAGUGGAGAUUCACUACAAGGGGCAGUGGGGAACUGUGCAUGAUUAUAAAUGGGACCUGCCGGAUGCUGCAGUUGUGUGUCGGGAGCUGGACUGUGGGACCGCGGUCUCUGCCCCGGGCGGGGCUCACUUUGGACGAGGAUCCGGACCCAUUGUGACCUGGAAAGUUGAGUGCAGCGGGACCGAGCGCGCUCUGAAGGAGUGUCAAUCAGAGGAAUGGGGUCACUACAGCUUGUCACACGACAAUGAUGCUGGUGUCGUCUGUUCAGAUCACAGAGCUCCGAGGUUGUUACCACAAAAUUCCCAAUGCUUUGGCAGACUGGAGGUCCAGUUCGGUGACACCUGGAAAACAAUGUGUGGGCUUGAAUGGGAUUUGAAAACCGCCAAUGUUGCCUGUGCGCAGCUUCGUUGUGGAGUCGCAGUGUCUGUUUCAAGCUCGAUGCAUUCUGGAGGCAGUGCUGUUCUCACGGCUACUGAGGUGUUUAAAUGUAUGGGCAAUGAGACUCAGCUGGGGACGUGCCCUCGGUCUUCAACCACGCACCAGGAUUGCACUGGACACAACAAUGUCACCCUGAUAUGUUCAGGAAACAAUGGUCCCCGAUUGGUUGGUGGGGAGAACAGGUGCUCUGGGCGAGUGGAGGUCCUGCAUGGAGAGCAGUGGGGAACGCUGUGCGGUGAUUACUUUGGCUUACAAGACGCCAAUGUGGUCUGUGAGCACCUUUUUUGCGGGACUGUAAAGUCGAUCCCGAGAGAUGCUCGAUUUGGGAGGGGAGCCCGACCAGUGUGGAAGGAAAACUAUGAAUGCAACGGAAACGAGCGACGAUUGUGGAAUUGUCCAGUUUCUCAUGGGGAAAGCUUCAACUGUUUACAUGGAAGUAUGGCCAAUGUCAUCUGCUCGGAUGAAAAUUGGGCGCUAAGACUAGUGAAUGGAGAAAGCCGCUGUGAUGGCCGAGUUGAAGUUUACUCUCAUGGAAGCUGGGGCGGGGUGCAUGACACCGUGUGGGAUCAGAAUGAUGCCAACGUUGUCUGCAGACAGCUGGGAUGCGGUUAUGCCUUAGAAAUAUAUAAUUCUUCAAAGUACGGGGAGAGUGAUGGUGAUUCGUGGGUACAUGUUGCCCAAUGUCAUGGACAUGAAUCACAGCUCCAGGACUGCAGGAUCUCCAACACAUUGAAUUCGUCUGACAUCGAAGGCAGUAGCGUAGGGGUCCUCUGUUCAGAGCACUUUCAGUUAAGGUUGUCAGAUGGUGGAAGCCCUUGUGCUG